AUAGGUCGAGGGGCUCCUUUGGACACAGCAGACGCCAUGGAGUGAGCCAGCGGGCCAGCCGGAAGCGUUCGCCGCUUGGAAGGCGCAGAGGGCGCAGGCGGCUCCAGCUGCUGCUUUCGAAGCUUGGUCUCUUCAAGAGAGGUUCUUCAAAGCAUUUGGGACGCUCGAUGGGUCCUGGCAGCAAAGAUUUGCACAUGAAUGGCUUGAAGGUCGACAUGAGCAACUUGCAUGCGCACGUCACAAAGCCUGGAUGAAAUACCAUUGAGCUUGUUCAUGCCAUGUGCAUUCAUGCCAUGCAUGCAUGCAUGCCUGCAUGGGUGGACAUGGAAUCAUGAAAUCAUGAAUGCAUUGCAUGCGUGCAAGGACAUGGAAGCAUGAAACCUCAUGAGAUCUCAUGACAUGAGUUCACAAAAACAUGAGGCACAUGCAUGCACGGAGUCCUCUAACAAAGCCAGUUCCUCUGUUGCCCCACCGGUAACUUCGCCUGAGGCGCCACCUGCUCCGUCAACAAGUGCUCCAGGCCACUUCGAAGGAACCACGCUUGGCCUUCUUCACCCUGUGGGUCACAACUCGCUUGAACUCUUCCUGCAGGACCCUUGGAAGAAGAAGCUGCCGCCGAAGACGCUGCUGAAGAUGCACCUGGAGGAGCAAAGCGCUGCCGAAAGCGGCAGCAGUAGCGGCGGCUGCAGCUGCGCUGAGUUGGCUCACGGUCAUGAGCAUGAGCAUGAAUCAAGCAUAAUCAUGAAUCAUGCACAUGACAUAUGAAUCAUGCAUGCAUCAACCAUAG